AUUCAGCGGAUUCGCAUUCAGUCAGAACCCAUCACACGCUACAUUCAAUAUGUGGCGGGCGCAAGUGGCAUGGAUGUCACGCGGCCAUGGACCUUUUUUCGGCCGUUUCACUUUUUCAUCGUCUUUCGCUCAAAGAUGAAAGAAGCACUCGAGAACUUGGAAGAGACAUGGGCUUACGCCGAGAGGUUGGAGUCUUCUGGUCUGAAGCAAACGACUAUAGUGACAAGGGAGACACCGCCGGUUCAGGACAAGAAGGCUGGUGACGAGACGGAUGAAAAGAAAGAAGCAGAAAUGGAUCCCACUGGCCCGGAGAUGAGCAGUAUUACGGCAUUGAGACAUAUGCGCUGCUAUGUAGAUUUUGUGGACAAGGAGAUAUAUCCCCUUUUCGAGCGCUUCAGGGGAUCCGCACCACAAAAGGUCCGCUUCGGUGAUCUUUGGUUGCUUCUUAAAUAUGACGAAAUGCUUUACUCUCCGCCCGAUGGAGAGGAGUCUCAGAGCUCGAGCCAGCCAUUAUCACCGAAAUCGAAGUCGAUGACUCAAACAGCCUGGAAACUGUGUGGAGAAUGGAUUCCUACCCCCAAAGAUGGUCAUCCCAACGACCUUGGCGAGGAAUCCCAAGAGUAUCAAGCAGUCUGUUACCAUGUUGACCACGACGGUGAAUCAUACGGAGCAGUCAAGCACGUCUUCAAGAUUCAGUACUUCGAAGGAGAGAGGGAUAUCACGUCGCUGCCUGUUUACCCGCUGCGGUUUGCAAAGGACUCCGAGCAUAUCUUUGCUCGUCUAAAAGCGCAGGGCGAGAGAUUUCAAUCACUGAUUAAUGAGCGGCACCUGCGUUACGAGGGGUGGACGGUCAUUAACACUCCUACCGGAAAAUUGAUGACGGACUUUAAGACACCAGAGCACAUCGAGAGUGAGGUGAUCAUUGAUCUGGCCGAAGGAUACCAGCGGUACCCGGCAUGCAAGCCUGAAUUUGUCAGAUAUUACCUGGACUCAGACUUUUGGUCACUGGGCGAAGAUAAUAUCGAAAUCAAGCACUGGUCAGAUGCGAAACGUACAAGGUUACUUCAUUCCACCAAGGAGAGAUUGGUUCUUGGAGACUGCUCAUUCAACCGAAAUUUCAACAAUUGGCUGAAGAGUCAACCGUCCUUCCAAAUCGGCCUCGACACGAAACUUACUCAAGUCACUGGAGAUAAUGUUGCUCUUUUCCCGCGGCGUCUCAUGGCGUAUGUAUUACGAGAACGAAAGUUCGUAAUGGUGGAUAUCUGGUCUCUACAGCCAGUAAUGGCGCAUACAAAUGCCUUCCGAGAUUUGAAAAUCAAGCCUAGCCACAAGCGCACGGUGAUGUCACUGGUGCAGGCGCACUUCAAGCGUGAAGAAUGGCGCAAGAAACACCCGCGAGUGGAACUCAGUCAAGACCUCAUUCCGGGCAAAGGGAGCGGCUUGAUUAUCCUGCUGCACGGUGCCCCUGGCGUUGGCAAAACCGCCACUGCAGAAACCGUAGCGCAGGCGGCCAAAAGACCACUGUUUGCUAUCACCUGCGGUGACUUGGGACUAACGCCUAGCGAGGUCGAGGAAGCGCUCAGCAAUAUUACCCGCCUGGCGCACCUCUGGGGCUGUGUGCUACUCUUAGAUGAGGCUGAUAUUUUCCUUUCGAGAAGGGGGAUCACUGACUUCAAACGAAAUGCUCUAGUUUCAGUCUUUCUCCGUGUACUCGAAUACUACAGCGGUAUUCUCUUCCUGACCACGAAUAGGGUGGGGUCGAUUGACGAGGCAUUCAAGUCCCGCAUUCAUAUGAGCCUGUACUACGAGCCACUAAAACGAAAUCAGACCUUAGCCAUCUUCCAGACCAAUAUCGAUCGGCUUAAAAGAAUCGAAGCCAAGAGAAAAGAGCAGCCGCAAGUCGAGGAAUGGAGGGAACCACCGUUGACGAUCAACGAAGAUGGCAUUCUAGACUAUGCCGGAUGGUACUUCGAUUCUUUUCCCGAGGCGCGAUGGAACGGACGCCAGAUCCGCAAUGCGUUUCAAGUCGCUUUCUCCCUGGCUCAGUACGACACACGGAAAAGCUCCCUGGAUAAUUGGGGAGACGGCCCAGAGCCCGAGGACGAAGAUCCCGCUACCGGCCCUGUCCUGGAUUGGAUGCAGUUCGAACGAGUUGCGGAGGCGAUCGACCAGUUCGACAACUAUCUGCAGGAGGCGACUGGGGUCACUGACCUCGAUGCUGCUCGAGUCGAUCGCAUCCGAGCUGACGAUUUUGAU